UGGAGAUACCAUUUGCAAUGAAUUGAAAAUUUUCAACAGAACUUUUGAUGUGUAUACAUGACAUUUUUAUCUAAAUUUCUGUCAUAAGUAGACCAGCCUGAUAAGUAUUUAAAUUUCCAUUCAGUUUACGGAGGAAGCUCUCUUGAUUGAUUGCCCUAAAGUGAAUAAUGUUGAAUUUGAUAACUUUUUGUUAUUCUCUGCUCCGAUUUUGAGUACUGGUAAUAAUUCUGUUAUUUGCCAAACCAAAAGGGACAAAAAGUGCAUGGGAAAGGACCUUGAUUUGCAUUGAAGCUUGUGAGAUAUCAAAAGUUUUUCAAAAAAAACCCUACGUGAAAUUGUGAACAUUUAGAUAGGGAAGGAAGUCUCACGACUGAUGUAAUUUUUUUAUCAAACCAAUGUGUUUCCAUGUUUCCUCUGUGUAUAAUAGUGACAGUUCUAGGAAAUAUGCAUUGCAAUAGGUGAGAACUGAUGGGGAUUUUCAUGCAGACUGGUCUUUCGUGAGCAGCAAAGAUGCACAUCUGUCUGCGUGUUGCAUUGCGAGGAAAUUGCAUAAAAGCACUUUUGUUUUGCUUAUCUGGAUAAGUGACAGAGCAAUUACAGACUUUUUAAGCUUAAAAAUUAGAUUACUGAUACCAAGUGUAUUCCUUCUUCAAAAAAUCCUGGAGGCAGAAAAGAAAAUGCCUUUUUCCGUAUACUGGUAGGCUGCUUAAAGGGAAGAUUUUUGUCUUAUAUUAUGUUAAUAUUCGCCGAGCUGUCAGGAUUUAAGAUAUCCCUUUGUUUAAUGGUGUGUAAAAAUGGCUCUACAUCGUCGAUCAACAAAGGGAAUAUUUCACAUUGAAUCAUUGAUGUACGGAUUCUAUCUCUGAUAUGAACACCUUUCCAUCAUAUAAAAUCCGUUGCAAAUAAAAACUGAACUAAAAGCUAAGUGGAAAGCAAACAGUCCGGAACAGAUCUUGAAGGAACCACAAAAAAAGGGGGGUCCACUGAAUUUAGGGAGCCUAUAAAUAGAAAGCAUGUUGGAAAUGGACUCCAAUGGAAACUGUGAGGUGAAGGAGUUCCGGAAAGGUCAUUUAUCCGUUCCUGUUCCGUGCCUGGAUACCUUUACUUUUGACUGGGGAGGAGGGUAUGGAAUUGUCUUGGAGAGGCAACAGGUGAUGGCCAGUAAACACAUCCCCAUAGACACCUGGCUGGAGGCCCUGGGUAUGAAAGAGUACGAGGGGGUGUUCAGGGAUUUCCACGGAGUAGAGGAUCUGCUGAACUUGACAGAGGCAGAUGUCAGGAAUCUUGGGCUGAAAAAUAGUGCUCACCGAGCCAAAAUAAUCUCCAGUCUGCGCAUAUUGAAAGAAAAAUAUGAAAGAGGUUAUCGCAAGCCCAGGGUUAUACAGAGAAGUCACAGUGCUUCUGCACAAGGUCGUAGAUGGGCCAGCAUGGCUACUCUACCAGUGUCCGUUCCCAGUAUCCAAAUUCAGCUCUCCUGUUCACCCAGUAACAACAACUACUUUCCGGACUAUCAAGUGGUGAAUAUAUCUCCUGAGAGAUUAGAGCACGAUUUGAUAAGUGAACUGCAAGCAGACCCAUCGGAACUAAGACACUGGCCCUGGUACCAUGGGAGUGUAAGUCGACAACACGCUGAGAAAACUCUGUCCCACAAUGGUGACUUCUUAGUGAGGGACUGUAUGUCACAGCCUGGAGACUUUGUUUUAAGCUGUUGUUGGAAAAGUGCUCGUUUACAUUUCAUUAUAAACUCUCAAGUGACCGAGAAGAACAAUCAUAUUCCCGAGAUUACUUAUUCGUUGGAGGACGAUAGGUUUUGUUCCGUGCAGGACCUCGUUCAAUUUUACAUGUCCCACAGGAAAUGUGUGACUAAAACAUCCGGAGUGUUACUUUUGAAUCCCAUUGGAAGAACAAUGCCGUUGAGUUACUACGACACUAAGUAUGGCUUUGCCGGAGCAAUUCCUUCCGGAGGUUUGCACGCUCAAGGUCACAGUCCUGGUGAAAAAAGAAGUCCGUACCACUCGCCUCACACAUCUCCGAAAGUGAGUCCCCGUUUACAGAGGCGACCGGUGAGGGCUGGGAGUCAGCCAAUACUCAAAACGGACCAUGUGCCCAAUGUGACAGGUGGACAGAUCGAUAGAUGUGAGAGUACGCCAAGUAUCAAACAGCAAUUGUCGCCGAAUCCUGUAUAUCCGGGAGGUCUCCCGUUUCAUGUUCAGCACCAGCGAUCAGGAAGUGAACCUUCGAUUGCAUCACCUAAUGAAAACAUGUCCCAGAAUUCUUCUUCAAAGUCCCAAUAUUUGUCUGUGCAACCAAGAAUGGCCCCCUCUACAUCGGACAGCCAUCUCAACAAACCCCCACCUCCCAAACCAAGCAGGAUCCCCUCUGUCAAAUACAUUGGGAAGGACCGUCCGAAAAUUACUGUCAGGAAUAAGCAGCUGUAUGAAGAUGAUGACAGGGAUUAUUCUGACUAUUCUCAGGUAAAAGAACCCCCUAGCUGGCUCAC